GUUCAAUGUCUAAACGGGUGUGAUUAUGUGACCAAAUUAAGAUAAUGAAAUAGAAAAUUGGUUAUAUUAAUCAACUCUCUCUUGUGAUUUGCAAAGCUGAAACUCCUCUCCCCUGGGACCCAUAUCAUUAAUUGCUCCUUGUUUAAGGAAGAAUCUCUCAGAUGAGCCAAUCCAAGACAGGCGCUCUUAUUGACCACCUCUUGUACUUUUAACACUAGCUGCGAUUUUGUGUUCCGCUUGCGAUAUUUUGUGAUCCUCAUCUUCAUUCAUUCACUUGCCAUUUUCGUUUCAUUUGUUUCUUGCUGUUGGAGCUCUCAACCCAUGGCUGCUGAGAAUCAUGAAACGUCCAAUGGUUGGCCACUUGGACUACAGAUAAUGAAUAUAAGGCUUGGGUUACAACAAAGGUUACAGGCUGCGGCUCCAGCUGUGGAACCAUACUUUUUGCACAUUCCCUCUAGCAGUUUUUCCUCAUUCUCCUCUUCCAACCUUGACACCGAGUCCUCAGCAUCAUUUUUCCAAGAUAACAGCGUAUCCCUGGGGAAGCUAAUUGGAUAUGGACCAGGUGAAAGAGAAUCGUUGUAUUUACAGAACUCAAUCCAUACGGAUCAGAGCUGUAGGCUACCUGUAAGAGGUGCCUGCAACUGCAAGGAUAAAGGACGCAGUGCAGAUGCGUCUCAGUCUCAGGGGAUUUGUAUUCCUCUCCUACUAGGAGCUCUACUAAAGAUUACUGGAAACAAGAUCAAGUCAAAGCGAUUGGAAUGAAUUCCAUUCCUCUUCUACCAAAUUCUUUUCUCCUGUGUUUCAUAAGUUAGUCAUCAAUACUGCCGUCAACCGUCCAACAGCACUAUCGAAUUAACAUAGGAGUUUGAGAAACUGGAAACUCGAAUGUUAUUUUCAUUUUAAGAUGAUCAAGUUCGACAUUGAUUUCAGGCAAAUGAUUCAAAAACAAAAGGCUAGUUAUGUU